AAUGCUGAUAGAGAGACGGAAAGUAUGGCCGACUAGUUCGUCGUCUGUCACGAAAACCUAAGAAAAACAGGCAAUUUUUCGUCAAUUUCAAACUCGAAUUCAAUAAUUUACUUAAUAACCCUAAGUUAAAAUGGAAGAUCCUCCAAGAGCACCAGCUCAUAACCCAUUCUUUCGAUUCGUCCAUGCGGUGCAAAACACUAUUGAUCGUCCUGUUACUUGGUUCCGAGAAUCGGUUGUGACCCCCAAUCGACCAGACCAUGUUUACUACCACCAAAAGUUUCGACGAGUCCCAACCAUCGAUCAGUGUUACACUGAUGAUCCUGUCUGCCGCUUUGAGGCACAGCAACAAUUCAACCGUGACAAGUUAGUUGAUGGUGAGAUUGUUCAACUUGUUCGUCAGCGCUUGAAGGAGUGCAUUGCUUAUGAGAUACCAGAUCAAGAUAGAAAAUGUGCCAAGCUUAAGGAAGAAUUUGACAAAGUUUCGGAAAGUUUCUGCAUGAAAUACGCAGACCUUGGUCCCUACAACAACGUCAAGGAUGCCUACAUGAAGCAGAAGCAUCGCAUGCUGUGGGAGAGGAGGCACGGCAAAGUCGGCACCGGCAUGAAGAUUGAAGAAUAAGCCCCUUUAAAAAGAAAAGAUAACAAAAAGAUGGCUUUCUAUUCAAUGGAUAGAACUGUAUCUUUGUAAUGGUCGCAAUGUAAACACAAUAGAAUGAGAAUCUACAUAGA